AUGCGGAGAGGUAGAAAACCAUACGCGCACUUGGUUGACGUCACUGUAGUUUAUCCAGCGGUGUGCCACGCCAAGGAUCAAGCUCAAUAUAUUUUCAAGUUGAUCACCAAGUGUGGAUUCAAUACCGAGUUUAAAAGCCAAGAAUUUUCGUUGUUCCCAAUCCUCAGCAGUGAUUAUCCUUACGAUGACUAUCUCGGAACAUAUGACCCAGGGCAGCUUCAAAUCCCACAAACUUCGUACGCAUUAAACACAAUCCAAGAUCCUUACUCAUUGAACAACUUCGGCAACUUGGACAACAUCGAAGGCUUAGGGACUUACGCAGCAGAAGAACCUGCUUACAGCGCUGAACAACCGUAUUCAGGAAAUGUACCAGCGUCUUACAAUCCCUUAGGAUACGACUACAGUCAACCGGACGCGAGAUUCGAGCAUUACAAUAACCGAAGUGAUUUUGAUCCGGAAGUGUACAGGAAACAUAGAUCCGCCGUUCCUGCGAAUACACUCAACUACGUGACGGACGGAGAUGACACACGCUUUGCAUACAAGAAAUUUGAGGACUACGAUCCUGACGCACUGAAAGCUGCUCGACAAAGGCCUGAAAAUAUCCAGAAGCUCAAACGGGGGAACUUGCGGCUAGAGGGAGACUUCGUUGCGGAGACAGUUCAUCAAGCCAGUUUCAAGACCCCGGAAACCAUCACGACCACAAGCAGGAACCAGAGGCAAUCAAAUCUAUCCUUGGAUGGUAAUUUCGCUCAAAAAUCCUCGUUCAGUGAUGAUUACAGCGCUGUGGAUGAAAAGCAAAGCGGAAGUGAACUGAAAAGUGAAUAUUUAUCGGAAAACGGAACCAAGGGAACAAAGUACGAAGCAGAAAUGUUGAAAAACUUUCCGACACGAGUUUCAAGAAACUUUCUCGAUCCUGGGCAUUUAACCGUGGCGGGAGAUUUUUCUUCAGAAUCUCUGUACAAAUCAGAUUUCCCUCCCCAUUCCCCGUCCAAGCAAAUCGCAAAACGCCCAGAGGGCAACUUGAAAGCUGACGGAGACUUCACCGCAUCAACCACUUAUCAAGACUAUCAACCGAGCACUCAAGUGACUCGUCGACGAACUGUGCAAGAAAUUGACAACCUCAAGCCCUCGGGCGACUUUGACGGAAAGUCAAAUUAUUCCACCAGCUUCGAUGGAAGGAUUGUCAGCAAGGACAUAGCUUCUAGACAUAAAGACAGCUUGCAACUAGAAGGCAGUAUGGAAGCAGCUUCGAGUUACAAAAACGAUUUCAAUGAUCAAGUGUCACAGGCUCCUUCAAGAGGAAGGAGACACAAAGAGGUUGAUAAUCUUGGACUUUCGGGUGACUUGGACGCCAAUUCUUCGUACAAAAACGAAUUCAUGAACCAUCAGAACACAAAACGCAUAGCUCCACGACCACAAGGAGCCCUGAAACUGGAAGGAGACUUCGACGCUCGAAGUAUUUACAGGGAAGAAUUCCACGAAUUCGAUCCGGUUCACAAUCCGUCUUUUAAAGAAGCUAGCGGUACUAACAUACAAUUUGACAACCCUGAUGCUACUUCAAAUUCGAGUUGGUAUCAAGACGAAUUCAAGCAUUUCAGAACACACAAGAUAAUCGCGAAAAACCCCGGGAGCCAUCUUGAAUUCAAGGGUCCCUUUGAUGCCGGAACAAAUCACAAGGAAGAUUUCCAACUUGUAGACUUUCAGAAAGUCGAGGCUUUCAAAGAGAAAAACAAUCUCGGGCUCGAAGGAACGUUCCACAACCAAUUUAGCAGUUAUGCUGAUCAAUUUCCGGGACAUAGAGUGAGUAAAAUCAUUGCACCCAGACAACAAGCCACGUUGAAACCCGGCGGAGAAGCCGAGAUACCCGCGGAAUCUUUCAAUCAACUCCGACCCGUUAUUCCCAAUUCAAAUAAGGACGCAACUUUUGUCCUGGCAAAGACAACUAAUCACAAAACGCAAUUCAAACCCAAUAAUACCACUAAUCCGAAAACGAGACCAAAGACCUUUCUGACGCAAGAAGGAGAACUCUCCCUCGAAUCCAGCUACUCCAAAGACUUCCUUCCGAAAAAGGCUGAGAAGUCCGUGGCUAAACCGCAAAAGGCGCAAUUGUCACUCGACGGGGAACUGAGCACGAACACCAACUACAAAGACACUUUCACACUGCACAACAAGGUGCCACCGAUUCCAGCUCAACGCAUCGCAACGUCAUUCUCGCAAUUCACCAACAGUAACGUGGAAAGACCGCGAACCGCAGGCUCCACGAAGCAGAAGGCCGAAUCCAAUUACGCAGACUUUGUUCAAAUGCAAAGUAAGUCGGGGAUGUCGAGGGCUCUUUCUUCGGGUGACUUGUUGCCUGUGCCUGUGGGUGAUCGAGACACAAGCACUGAAAGCAAACGCUUGGGACUGGUGAAGAAUGAACACAGACCAGCGACUCAGACGAUUAAAAGAGUGAACAACGCGAAGGAUGAUAAUUAUUCUGGCUCAGACUCGCCGUGGUCCGAAGAAAUGGACGAGCCUCUGGUUUUCGGGAACAACGCGAAGCAGACUGCCGAUGGGAAAAAUGAAGUCGCUUUGACAUUCACUGAGAAAGAUCUGCAAAGACUACUCACGGCAGCGAAAGCUAAUGCUGAUCGACGAAUUGGAGAUCAAUCUUGAAUAUGUCUAUAGUUGUAGUUGAUGAUCAUUUACGAAAAUAGACUCGCGUCAGACGUCCGAGUUUCUACCGAAAAAAUACUAGACUUAGUUUUUCUGUUCUCAUUCAGAAAAAAAUUAGUUUCAAGUCUUAUAUUGUCAUUAAUGUUCAGAAAAUCAGUCGAAAAUAAGCCGUGAACUGAAAGCGGAGAAAGCAUCUUGAAACUGUUCUACCUGUUCAUUCGCGGCUUUUCCAGAUAUGUAUGUCAUUAUGUUGGUUGCAACAUCGACUUUUAACAUAAAAUAUACUUGAAGGAAGCCACUAUUUUCAUUUGAUAAAUACAAUUUAUGGCGUUAGAGUAGAUAAUGUCAAAAAGAAAUUUGAUUAACCUUUGUCUCCAAGAGAUGUACAGUUCUACAGAUUGAAGAAUUUCCUACGAGUAUUCCAAAGAUAUUCGCUCUCAUUUUUAAUAUGAUAGUUUAACUUCCACUCCACCAUUUCAUUAAAACCCCUUUUUGAGUUAAUUUCCAUGAGUGAGUCAAUUUAACUCUAGUCACAAUAAAUUCCGCAUUGAUAAAAAGUUGUUUUGAGAAUCUUGCAUCGUGGGAAAUUUCGUGUGGACUUGAAGACGCAUUAAAAAGGCACCAUUUUCAACGUCACAACCGUUGAGUGCCUUAGCAUUGCAGCGAUGGAUACUCAUACGAAGAAAUCGAAAUUUUCGGAUGAUGAAACGCGCUACGGAAACGCAGUUGCUCACUCGCAUGGGGAUUAAAAAUGUUCUUCGGAAUCA